GUACGUGUAACGUAAUUAAGCUUAAAUCUCAAAGUGUCCUAAUUAUCAGUGAUUCUGCAACAUAUUCCAAGCAAAUGGUUCAAACUAGACACAAUUCUUUCAACCCGAGAUUGGAUCAACAAUCAAACAUAAACAGCAGGGACAUUACUAAUGGGACCAUACACAAUACUGGGUUCAUGUUUUUUUUUAUUUUUGGGAACCAGGGAAUAACAUGUUUUGACAAAAAAAAAGGUUUUACAAAUUUCAACAGGUUUUAAAGAAUCUUGACUGUAAUUAAUAGAUUUUUUUAACCUAAUCUGCCUAAUUUGCUUGUCUAAUAGUAACGAUACUGACUAUUGAGUUGUUCAGAACGAAAUGAGACUACUUCACCUGGCAUUGGCAACAAGAUAGCACUUGGUGAAAAAGACUUCACUUUGACAAAAAAAUACUUGAAUAUCGCGAGAUCCCGUUCCACCCUUAAUACAACUAAGGAGGGGGGAAAAAAAACUUGGAAAAGGCAGUGUCUGUGACAUAUAAUGAGCGAGAGAGCGGGAGAGUAAAAGGGAGAGUCAACAAGCCAGAGCUGUGCUCAUUUAUGCACAAAAGGCACUUGCAUGCGUGUGUUUGUGUGUGUGUGAGUGCAAGAGAGAGACACCAUGAGGGAGGGCAGGAGUGAGCCAGAGAGGGGAGGAGUGACUUGGAAAUUAGGGAGGUGGGAGAGAAACGGAGUGAUUGCAUGAGAUACUGACAGCCAGUCCUACCACAGAGCAGUAGAAGCAGCAGUAGGAGCGCGAGAAUCGCCAGCGGAUGGGAGACACGCUCCAAGUGGACCGAGGAUUUAAGGGACUACACGCUGAUGAGGAGGCAACAACAAAGGGGAAGGAUGGAAUAAAGAGAAAAACAUCUUAUUGCUUCUGUGAGCGCCUCACACUUCUGUUUGGAGCAUCCCACAAGCAGAGCACCAGUGAAAACACAUACAUAUGAUAUAUAUAUAAAAUUCCUAUACAUAUAUAUCAAAUUAUGCCUGUUUUCAAAGAAGCUGCAGCCGGACAACGACUGAAUUGACAUCAAAAAGCAUCAAUAAUUGGGAGAUAAUAUGCAAGGUUUGCUUAAAAUCUGUUAAACCUUUGAUUUUUUUUCUUUUUUUAUUUCUCAAAGGGGGGAGGGGGGGAUAGGGAGAAAAAAAAUUGAACAAUUUCAAAACUGGAAACUGAGUAACUGAUGCAAGGUAAUCUCUACAGCGGUUUGCAGUGCUUUGUCCCGCAUUCCCACAGGGGCUUCUUUUGAAAACAGGAUAUUUUUUGAUCUGCCCUUGGUGCCACACUGCCGUUCGGCUGUCGCAUCUCCACUUGUCUCUGUUGUCCGUGCGGGCUGGGCUUGCUUUGUUCCAGUGAGGCUCAGCAAGCACUCUGCUGAAAGUGCAGAGGGCAGUCCGCAGGCUCCCUGACCCCACGUUGAUAUUUCCUCUGCAGCGGCAAAAGAAAAAGUCCUUCUGGGUCUGGGAGAAAAGGGGGAAGGUAAGCCGUAGAGGAGACGGGAAGAAGUGAAAACAUCAAAGGAAAGAUGAUGGGGGGGAGAUUGGGAUAAGAGCAUGUAAUGGAAAUAAAAAGUGACCCACAAACAAAGAAAGGGAGGGAAAACAAAACCGCUGAAGAAGGAGAAGCCACGAUCCGCUCCAAAAUGGGCGAAUAAUUCUAACCCAUUAAUCUUUUCUUUCUUCCAUGGAGUCGAUCCAAGACAUUAAAAUAAUAGCUUCGGUGCACGAGCCCUUCUUGCUCUCUUCCCCCUAUCUCUUCGCCUGUGCACUUGCAGGGCAGAACUGAGCACGCUGAAAGCCAAGAGUGGUGUCCUGGGUCUGUCAGAGACCCCUGGAUCCAAGGAGAGGAGGGGUUUCAGUGGAGCAACAGCAGCGGCGGCAGCAGCCCUGUGCUCGCCGCUCGCAAAAAGCCAUUGGACUCCUGUGUGUGCCACUUAAAAGCUCCAGACUGAUACUGACAGUGCUCUGUCAUCAGGGAGUUGAGCUGUUUGUGGAUGUGUGCAUGUGGAAGUAUGGACGUGCACGAGUGAGAGAUAACAAAGCCUCAGGUGCACUUCUGGACCGUGAUCACCACAGGAUUCUAGCUUGACGAGAGCCUGGAGUGAUCCUCUAAAGACGUUUCACAGCUGUUGUUACCUGUUGGGUCUCUGGCUGAAAAUAGAAAACAGCAGAUUAGUUAAUGUAGACGCCAGCAGCUGGAGCCACACUUUCCAGAGAGGGGGAGUUUACCGGAGUGGACGACAGUGGCUUUAAAAAACAUGGCCAGUGCAAAAAUUAAAAAGCUUCCUUUCAACAGUGACAUUGAGAGUAGCAUGAUGAUAGAUGCAAGUUAAGAUCUGUGGAGGACUCUUUUACCCCCCUGGACUUCAGAACCUAUUUGGCUUUCAGUGCUUAGGUGUUAUCCACUCAGGAAUAUGAGUCCAUCUUUGGAGUGAGAAAGCUUCCGUGUGGGAACCUUUGCUAACUGCAGGUUUGGAUUUGCACUGCCCGCCAGCACUGUUGGGAGCCCACAGUUCUCACUUUUCCCGGAUUAUUCAUCCAAUAUGUGGGGGAGCUCACUGCUGAAAAUGCCAGGGGCAAGUUCAUUCAUAGGUAAUACGCCCUCCUAAAUUGGAUCCUCCUCCCUGAGGGUUUGGAUUUGUCUACAAUCGCCUCUAUCUGCUGAAGACUUGGAUGGCUUUGUGAAAGGAGCUGUUCGGUCUGAUUUUCCUGUUACUUAUCCCAACUGAGACGCUACGAGAAGUUCCAGCAUGGCCGCUUCGAUGUGUUCGCUCUUGUUGAACUUUUCACUGGCCGUGUUGCUGGGCCUGACCACCCUGAGCGGACUGAACUCAUGGCCAUCAGGUCAGGUCUCAGCGCAGGUAUCUUCCAACAACCAGACCACAGAACCACCUGUGUCACCAGAGGCAGCGCUGGCAACGCCGACGCCAGACACAGAGCAACAAACAGAUUCAACCAGUGGGAACCGCUGCUGGGGGUACUACGACGUCAUGGGCCAGUGGGACCCACCGUUUAACUGUAACGCGGGCAUCUACCUGUUCUGUUGCGGCUCCUGCUUCUACCGCUUCUGCUGCCAGUUCAGAAUCCACAGUUUGGACCAGACGUCCUGCUCCAACUAUGACACACCCGUGUGGGCGAACACCGGGAAACCGGGGGCACCCGUCACCGAGGUUCAUCAGGAACCGGAUCGGGAUCGAACCCACAUGAUCGUUUACAUUAUCUGUGGGGUGGUGGCCAUCAUGGUACUGGUGGGAAUUUUCACAAAACUUGGACUGGAGAAGAGUCAAGGGGGUCAAACGGACAUGACAAACUCAAGGACUCUGACGGAGCUUCUGAAGCAGCCGGGGGAGGCAGGAGCGGUGGAUGGAGCUGGAAUUCAUCAUCCAAUUGGGACGAACGGCAUCACCGCCAGAGCAAUGCGCUCCAACAACGAUCACAACCACUUGAACAAUGCAGCUUUGUCUCCCCUGGGACCGGCCAUGGCCUUGUCUCACCCUCACAACAACCUGGGGAUUGGCUUCAAUAAGUACACUUCGCUCAAGGCUGUAGACACAGGUGGAAGAGAAUACUACAAGAGCUACCCGAUGGUAGAUUACCCCCACCGGCAGUCUCCUCCAACAUUCCAGCCAAUAAACUUCCACCCCAAGGACAAGCCCUUCCUCCCACCUCCAGAUGUCCACGCACCCCUGGCCAUCACCAUCAACGCCUCCCAGAUGCCCAAGCCCAAGAUCUCCAAAACCAACACGCACCCUCUCACCUCCAGCUCGGCCUUCAAAGCAUGGGACCCGAACAAGAGCCACAUCCCGCACCCGACGGCCACCCACAUGGGCAUCAGCGCGCAGCAGCACCACUCCAUCCAGCAGCAGCAGCAGCAGCACCACCAGACGCUGCACCAGCAGAACAGCCGGCGCCAGGCCUACUCCAACAAGAGGCAGUUCAGCAUCGAGACGUUGCCCGAGCUCUUCUCGCAGCCGCUGGGCUACGGCCACUCGCCGCACAUGCACCCCAAGCACAAGGGACUGGCCACCAACAGCAAGACGGAGGUGACGGUGUGAACAGAGGAGAGGACGAGAUGAAGCAACGGAGUCGAGGGGGAAGCGCUCUGAUAUCCUUUAUAUCCACAGCUACGAUGUUGUGUAGGAGCAGGCAAAUAUCACAUCUGGGAUUUUUAUUGACUGCAUUUCCCUCAACAUUUUUAACUAAAAGAGACAUUUGUGUGUGGUGUUUGUAUAUUUCUAAGACCACCCGGAACGAAGCCCAAGCGGACCCGCCGUGAGGGUGACGGAGUAGCAGGUGUCAGCUGUGACCCUUUGAACAUGGCAGCUUUUCUAAAUAAUUGAGUGGCCUCGUGGUGUGUUGACACGCAUCUCUGCAUUGUCUCCUCUUCCGUUUCUGCAGCAUUCUGCUCCCCUCUGUAGCACCUGUCCACCAUGUCCAAAUGUUCAAAUCCCACAGAGAGACUUUUUUUUUUUUUUUUUUUUUUACCCCUAAACCCAAAGUCCACACUCACAGGUUGUGAAAGAGACCGUUAGGGGGAUGUUUUCACUAUUCCUUUUUUUUCCCCCUUCAACUUUUGCUCCUCAUCAGCUGAAACAAUAUCAUUGUGUUGUCAGCUCUCAUUGCCCCCAGUCUUCUGAAGAGUGAGAUAUCAGCCUUGGAUUUCAUACCAGAGAGGAGGGCAGUGGGGGGCGGGGGGUGGGGGGAGUAUUCAUCUCAAUCCAGAGGCAAACGCGAUGCGAAGGAUCCCAACCGCAUACAGACUACCACAUGCAUACGUGCGCGCACUCCUCAGAUAUUACGCGGAGUUUUCUGCCAUGUCAGAAAGCCUGCAGACUCCACAUCCAUUCCCCUGGAGGGCAAACAGAAACACAAUUUUCCCUCAAAACACUAAUUCUCAGAGACUUGUGAAAUGAAUCAGUGAGCUGUCUUAUUGUGUGCGGGAGCUUGACGAAAUGUCUCUUAAACUGUGGAUGUUUAUAGCUGCAAAAGAAACCACCCAUGCUUGAAAAUUGGACAGAAAAGUCCAAUUCGCCCAGCGAGAUCGUUGUGAAGUUCCCUGGUAUUGCUUCACAAAUGUGCCAGAAAAUCCAUCAGCUGCAUAUCUGGUGUUUCUAUGUGUAUUGAGUACAUCCUCUGAAAUGAACCUUCCUAUUUUCAGCUCCAUACAUUAUACCGUGGCUGGUAAAAGUAUGUAUAUACCCCUUGAUGUUUUUCACAUUUUCUCAGAAAAAGCAAACAUGACUGUAUUUUUUGGUGGAUUAUAUGUGACGGACAUGACCAACUCCGACACAAUUGUAAAGUAGGAACAGGAUCGAUGUUUUCAAAGUUUUUUUUUUCCAGCUCAAAAUCUGAGAAGUGUGGUUUCCACUUGGAUUCAGCCUCUUUUACUUUGAUAACACUAAAUAAAAUCCAUUGCAACCAAUUGCCUUCAGAUGUCACGGUAUUAAUCACACAGAGUGCGUGAAUAAAUUUCUGUAUAAAUCCAGCUGCAUGUUCAAAGCCUCUGGAAUUGUUAGAGAAAAUUUGAGAACAAAGAGCGCAUUGAAGACUUAAGAACCCAACUUCCCAAGCGUUGAGCAACUCACAGAGCGUCCAUCAUGACAUGGCGCCGACCUAAACUAAAAAGGCUGUGGGGAGCAUUGAUCAGAGGCAAAGCGGUCUGGGGUAACUCAGGAGAAGACACAGAGAUCCACAGCUUAGGUGGGAGAAUCUUUAAUAAGUACUGGUCAUAAAUGCCACAAAUUCAACUUUAAGUAGCAAGAAGAAAGUAAUUUGUUAAAGAAAGUCUUAAAUUUGAAUUUGUCUUCAAGUCACCCAGGGGAAUAACAAACAUGUGGCAAAGGGUCCUGUGGCCAGAUGACACUGUAAUUGAACAAUUUGACCAACAGGCAAAACAUUAAGUGUGGCAUGAAACUAAAAAUGCACAACACCAUGAUCACACAAGCUCUCAUCAAUGUGCUGGCAGCACAUGAUCAGGGAAGUCGGUGAUGGAUGGUGCUAAACAGGGCGGUUCUGAAAGAAAACCUGUUUUAUUCUGCAAAAGACUUGGAUCAAAGUUCCCUUCCCAGUAGGACGACCCUAAAAAUACAACCACAGCUUUACUGGAAUGGUUUAGAUCAAAGCAUACUCAGUCUAUGUGUUAGAGUGGGCAAGUCAAAGUAAAGAUCUAAACUUAAUUGAGAUAUUGGGGCCGAAAUUAUUUUUAAAGCUGCUCUCCAUCCAAUCUGACUCAGUGGGUGCUAUUUUUGCUAAGAAGAAUGAGCAAAAAUGUCAGUCUUUAGAUGCGCAAAGGUGAUGUAGACGCACAAUUGGCUGCAGGGGUGUCUGCAGCCAAAUGUGACAACUUUUUUACACUGGGAGGCGUAGCAAAAAAAAUAGAAACCACACUUUUUCAGAAUUUCAUCACCAAAUUUUUUUUUUCCUUUCCUUUUAAUUCCCAACUAUAUGCUACUUUGUGUGUUUUUCUAUCAUAUAAAACCCCAAUAGGAACUCAUUAAAACGUUUAAUUGUAACAUGACACAAAUGUCAAAAACCUCAAGGGGUACGAAUACUUUUUGUGAGGCUUUGCGUCCGGACUGGCGUCCUCCCUGAUUAUUAACAACAUUGGAGUGUUUCUGGGUGUUACGGCGAGAAAGCCCUGAUGCACACAAGAACACCUCUUCCCCGGGAUGCCUGAAUGGAGCCGUUUGAUGCGAGUGUUUAGUGCUGCUGCUUGCGUUGCAGUUUGCUUCACUCCCUCUUAAUGAAGUGUCUCAGCAAUACAAGUGAAUGACUGCUAGCACUUAAACAAAUCACUAAUGUAAUUCAUGCCUCGCAUGCAUACAGCUUACACAUCAAGAGCGCUACUUGGUCUGAGGCUACGCUUUCAUCCAAAUGGAGGAGGAACAAAAUGAGAGCGUUUUCCCAUUUUCAUGCCUAUCCAGCAAUUUAUGAGAUGUUGAGAUUUACAGUGUGACCUAAAAUCUGAUUUUAUUUUUUUUUUUUCAUUUUUGUACAGUUUGAUUGUUUCUACUGGCACGAUUUUAGGAUUGCAUGGACUGGAUUUCCCUCAGUGUUUUGUCAGCUCACAAUCAUUCUUUACAAUCUCUUUAUUCUAAAAGCGUUACUGCAGAGUUGCUGAGCACGCAACACAUUCACAUUCUCGACACGUCACAUGCUGACGCUUGAUCACAGGCCACUGGCGUCAUGUUUGAAGGCCUCAGAUAUCCCUUAGGGCGGCUUUUCAGCGUGCCGGGCCGUGAUUUACACCAGCAGCUCUCUGAAUGAGAACAGUUAAUCUGCUUUCUGCAGAGCCGGUUGAAGGUCCAGAGACCCCUCUUUGGUUAGAAGAUGUGAAUCUGGAAGCAUAACACCAUUUACUGCGAUCUAAUGGGAACAAUGCUUGUUCAACACGUACUCCGUUUUUACUCAUCAAGCAUUUCAUCAUAGGUUGUCGCUU